GAAGGAAGAAACAGAAGCUUGCCAAAGAGAGAGCAGGGCUUUCCAAGUUGCCUGAUCUGAAAGAUGCUGAAGCAGUUCAGAAGUUUUUCCUUGAGGAAAUUCAGCUUGGCGAGGAACUACUAGCUCAAGGUGAAUAUGAGAAGGGUGUUGAUCACUUGACCAAUGCCAUUGCUGUGUGUGGACAGCCGCAGCAGCUACUACAAGUUCUACAGCAGACUCUUCCACCACCAGUGUUUCAAAUGCUUCUAACUAAGCUCCCUACAAUAAGCCAGAGAAUUGUAAGUGCACAGUGCUUGGCUGAAGAUGAUGUUGAAUGAGGUCACACCACAACAGGGGGAAAAAAUGUUUUCUUACCCCAGAAGAUGAGCAUCAGUAGGGGGAUAAAGGGGCAAACAUAGUAGUUAAUGGACUGUGUACCACAUCGGGUUCUACCAGAGUUAAAAUUAACUUUGUGUAGGUGGGUUUCACAGGAUUUUAUUUAUUAUCCCAGUGAAAAGUGUAUUUUGAUAAGAAUUCAUUUUAUAAAUACACUGUGGUGAGUUAUCAAAGUAUCACUAACUUCAUUAUUAUUAAAAUAUGCAGUUGUAAUGUUGUACAUACAAAGACAUAAAACUACGACCUAUUAAAAACCCAAUGCUCAUUUUUGAAAAAAAAAAAAAAAAGGAAGUUAUGGCAAUAAAGAUUUAUCUGCACUUGUGUGUCCCUAUAGUACUACUUUAAAUUUCAGAACAUUUGGAUGUCAGAGCAAAUGAUCUAAAAAUGACUUAACAUUAAAAUUUAUUUUUAAUGUUA